GCUGGCAAGGCGCCAAUGCGUCCUUCUCCGUGUCGCCUGUGAGCGGGGUCAUCCCUCGUGGCGGUUCUCAGGGGAUCGAGGUUACCUUCACCCCACCCAACAGCGGCCAGCUGAUCGAAGGGUUCUUGACCCUGAAGGUGGAGGACGGGAACGACCACAGCCUGCGGUGUGUGGGCCAGGCACCCGAGGCUACCCUCAACUUUGGGGUGAAGAGGUUAGACCUGGGUGUUUUGGCUGUGGGGCUCCCGGCCGACCGCUCCAUUCCCAUCGUCAAUGGCGGCAAAACUGUGGCGGUCUACCACGUGGACAGUGUCCCGGACGGUGUGGGGAUCUCCCCCAUGCGUGGACGGGUCUCCCCCGAGGGCCGGGCUGAACUCAUCGACGUGCACGUACUCCUGGACAGGCCGAUGCAGCUUGAGUCUGCAGUGACCUUGAAUGUGCGCGGAGGCAAGCCCAUCCGCCUGCCAAUCAUGGCCACAGCGGUGAACCCCAACAUCGAGUUCAUUGAGGAUGAGAUUGAGUUUGGCCAGCUCACUCUGGGGGCACAAGGUGUGGUGCCCAUCUCCCUGAAGAAUUCCUCCGCCGUAGAGGGAACGCUCUAUGUGAAUCUGCAGCCCUACCCGGAGUUCAGCCUUUCGCUAUGCGAGGAGCGACCAGAGGCAUAUGAUGCGGACUAUGAUGCUACGGCCCUUCAGCCCAUCUCACUCCAGCAGUAUCAGCUGGCCAUCGGCGGCGUCACCGACAAUCAGGCGGCACCAUCAGCCACAACGAUGCCCAAGCCUGGCAUGAUGGGCGGGCCUCCGGGCGCCACGCAGAUGGGCCCUCCGCAGGAGGACGAGGAUGAGGAGGCUAAUUCCCAGGUCUACAAGAUCACGGUGCAGCCCAACUACACCUUGCACAUGCAGCUCACCUACAAGCCUACAGACCUGGGACAGCACUUCUUCGAGUUCCCUGUGAUGGCGGCAGGCGGUGGGAAGAGCGAAGGCCUCCGCAAGGUUGAACCUGAAGCUGUGCAGCUGAAGCUUUGGAUCCAUGAAGAGCAUCCGAAAGCUAAGCAUCCUUUUGAUGAUUUCCCGAUCGAGUGGCGGAUUGACACGGAGCCCCUCAAGAAGUUCAUGGGCGUGGCCCAGCUGCAUGGGGUCUUCACUGUGGAUCCGCCAGGGGGCAUCCUUCAUCCAGCACAGGAUUGUUUGGUCCGCGCGGCCUUCAUGCCCAAUGAGCCCGUGGAGUACAAGGCCAACAUGAACGUGUACAUCUCGCCACCCAGAGAUGCCGGCAAGAACAUAGAUGCAAGCCUCGCCCUACCAGCGGACGAGAGCAAGCCCUACCUGUCCCUGCGGAUGAAGGGCCAGGGCACGGUUCCCAAGCUCACCUUUGACCGCCGCGAGAUCGUACUACCGAUCGUUCCCCUGGGCAUCAAGUCUCGAUGCUUAUUCUACAUCGUCAACGAGGGCUACGAGAGCCUUGAUGUCAAGUACAGGCUGCCAAACGAUCAGAUCCGCAUCCCGCUGACGAUCAACUUCCCAGAGGGGCAGCAGAUUGGAAUCACAAAGCCAAAGAUUCCAGUUGAGAUCUUCUUCCAGUCCAACAAGCCAAUCUCCUUCUGCGCGAAGAUCGAGUUUCUGGACAACGAGUCAGGUUCUUACGUGCUGCCGGUGUCCGGAACGACGGAGAACUGCAUCCUGACAUGCCACCACUACCUGCACAACAACACGGACUUCUACACGCUUGAGGGAGAGCCCGUCAUGCUGCAGGAGAAGGAGGACAACUCCAAUGGGGAGCAGGGGGCUGCACCUUCCAUCAAGACAGGCAGCGUCUCCCAUCAGUCGGUGGCCGGCUAUGGCAACCAGGACAUGUCCCAGGCUGACUUCCUCGUCCGUUGGCUGAACGGUAACAUCCUGAAGAACCAGCUGGACCACUUCCCUCAGGAUUUGGUGAACUCCAACGGGCGCCACUUGUAUGAGAUGAUCGAGUUCCUUUCCGGCAAGAUGGUUCCCAACAAGGCGGCAGCCCCGGCCCCUCAGCGGAUGGACAACACAGGCUCCUCCUUCCGUGGCAAUGACAGAGGCGCCAAGCAAAAGAGCCGAGAAAUGCAGAAGAUCCUUCAGCUGAUGCAGCAGUUUGAGGUGCUUUUGAACUUCCUGAAGCAGCAUGGGGCCCUUCUGGCUUCAGUUAGACCCGAGCACUUCCUCUCCCACGAGAAUUACCUGCGAUAUCAGCAGAGCCUGAACGUGGGCAUCACGAGAAGGCAGGUGGACAAGAUGUUCUUCCCCAAGAGCAUGGAGGCCUGGAUGACAUGCAUUCUGCAAACGGUGAAGAUCUUUUUGCUCAACAGGAUAACCAGCAAGGCCUUCAAAACCUUGCCUGGCAUGACGCCCGAGAUGGAUCAAGCAGUGGGACCACCUGUGGGCGCCGAGGAUCUUACCGCCGAGCAACCGGAAAAGAAGCCUUCCUGCCCUGAGCUGCAGAGUGCUCUGGACACGAAGUUCCUGGCGGACUCGAAUGUGUACAGCAUGGCCGAGUGCAUUCUCUUGCGAUGGCUGAACUUCCACUUCUGGCGUGCCAACAAGGGCAGAUUCCAACCGCGGAAGGUCUGCUGCUUCGAUGGAGACCUGGAAGACUCAAUUGUCUUGGCCGUGGUGAUCCAGUCGCAUGAGUUGAUGGAGGAAAUCAGCGCCAAGACCCGGAAGUCCAGGGUCAACAUGACGAAGAACAUCGAGCUCACAAAUCCAUCGAAGAAGGCCAUCACCUACUUGGUGCAGCUGGUGGGAUCGAGUGGAAACGACUUUGCCGUCAAGGAAGAUACUAUCAAGCUGGAGCCCAGGCAGACGUACUCCUAUCCGGUGGAGUACUGCAGCCGCUUCUCGAGGAGCUGCUGGGAGGAGUGGGGGCAGCAUGUCAAAGAAGGCACCUAUGCGUUGAGCGGCUCCACCGAGAAGUUAGCCGUACAAGCUGGCAUCCAGUGGGUCAACCCCUCAGAAGCAUCCCCGCAAGGCAACCCCUUUUACUGUCCACCCUGCGGAAGGUUCUUUAAUCAUGAUGUGCAUUCCUUGGACAAACAUUUGCGGGAUUCACACCCCGAAUCCGCUCAACAUCCCGCUCGCAAGAGAAAGCACGAGGAGACUCUGGCGAGCGUUGACCAGGGGGUACCGACACUUCAUGAUUCAGACCGCAGCUUUAUCCAGAGGGUUCCAGACAGGACCGAUGGCAACCGGCCCGCCAGGCGUAAUCCCUUUGAUUUGGAAAUCCAAAGCUUUGAUGCCGCAGAUUCUUGUGACACCUCUGACUUCCAGGAUGAGGACGUGGUUUGGCAGUUUGAUGCCAGCCGACACGGGGAGAGCGAGAACUGGCAGCCAAUGACAAGGGGCAUGAACGACGCGCUUGAGAAACGCUGGGACAUGGGAUGGGAUGCAAACCCUGCUUUGAGUGAUAUCUUCUAUGUCGAUGGGAACGGCUGUUCCUACCUGGUCGAUAGCCAUUGCAUGAUCCAGCAAAAUCUCACAACCGGCUGUGCACGAAGCAUCAGAAGGAUUACGGGCGUUUUAGACGCGGCAAAACUGGUGGCCACAGCUGCUCGAGUAGAACAACUCCUGCAGGAGAAAGCACAACUGAGUGCCAAAGUGGCCGAGCUUGAGCGUGCAAAGAGCGUUUUGGAAGCUUCGCAGACAGACCAUGCUACACAGAUGAUGUCGCAAGAAGCCUGGCGAGUGGGCCGCCAGCUGCACCCCAAGAGCUGCAUCCAGCUGAAUCACGGGGAUGCAGUUUUCUCCAGCAUCCAAAACGCCUUACUGGAGGCCUGGCCUUCGGAUCACCAUGGGGAGUGCAUGCGCUGGAGUCAGUUCAGCAUUAUUGGCCUACAGCAGGUUUGCAACACAAGAAUCUGGAAGGACUACGAGUUUCGGAAGGAUCAGGUGCGCAAAGAGUUGGAAGGUCGCGAAGACGUCCCCAGGGUGAGCAGCAUGCUGUCACCUGAAGUUUGCAAGUGGGCGCAACUGGAUGCAAAGAUCAACGAAGUGCUGGUCAUUCACGGCACCACAUCAGACAAGACGGGGCAAAUUGCAAGCUUUGGAUUUGACGAGCGCAUGGCACAUUACAGAGGACUGUAUGGCCAAGGAGUUUACUUUACAGAUCAGAGCUGCAAGGCUCUGCAGUACUCUGGCGCAGUAAACAAAUCCUCUGGCGCAGUAAACAAAUCGCAAGGCCCAGGGAAAGGCUACUUCAUCAUUGCUCGCGUGAUUCUUGGGCACGCAAAAAUGGCUACUGGGCCUUUGAAGAACAGCAAAGUGGAACCUCUUGUGGACCCGGCCGAUCCUUCCAAGGGCCGCUUCCAUUCCGUCAUCGCAAAGCCGGGGAUUCCCACUGGCAUCUGGCAGCGUCGACAAGUGCAUCGGGAAUUUGUCCUGUUUAAUGGUGCGCAGGCCUAUCCAGAAAUGGUUGUUCACUUCAAGGUCUCUUAG